UUUAAUUUACACAGGACACCUUUCUUAAAUAAUAUCUGAAACCUGCUCAACUUCUAUGCAAACAUAAUACAACUAAGAAUGCAUAUUUCAUCCUACAUGUUAUUCCUAAUUUUCUCUCUGUUUUCUCAAGGCUUUUUAUUUUCAGUUUCAAAGUCUACGAGAAAGGUAGAAGAUGAUGAUAUGAUACUAAAUACACUCAACAUAGGAAAAGCUCUUUGGAAUGGAGGUAAAACAGAGAAGACAGAGGCUAUACCUUCUCUUGAGCACUACAAGAUGGAGGACAGCAGCUUUUUGGAUGAAGAGGAAGACAGAAACCCAAAAUUCUUAAAUAUAGGUUCCAAACACAAUUUCAGAAGCCAUGGUCCACCACUGAAACUAGCUAUAAAACAGCAACCUUACCUUGCAAUGAAAGGCUCAAUGGCUUUUCCACUUGACACUGAUAUUCAGAAUAUUGAGUCAAUACAGGAAAGGAGAGAGACGGGGGAUGAAGAAAACUCAUCUAACUUUCCAAUAGGAAGGAGAGAUUUUGAUAUGCUCAGGUGUAUGUUGGGAAGAGUCUAUCGACCUUGUUGGCAAGUUUGAAAACUUCUGGUCUCUUCUCUGAAGAAGCAUUGGUUGUCAGUUU